AUGUUGAUGAUCUAUUUUGCUAUUGUUAUUUUAUGUCUUGUAUCAAGAAUUUCGACUCUGCCUGCACCAGCUUUCGUUCAGUCAGCUGUUAUCUAUAACGCACAAAAUUUACCGAUUCAGUGUUAUGUAGUCCGGUCUCAUCCAAACGGACGACUAUUAAAAUAUAGGCCAUUUAUUAUUCGGGAAAAUGAAUAUCGUUUACUAAAGGAAGUAAUAUUGAAUAUGGGAACAUGGACAAGUGCUGCACCAAUAAAGAAAAUUCAAUGUGGAAAUUUAGUACUUGCUGCUCCAUUUGAUCGUGUUAAAUCAAUAGAAAAAAAUUGGGAAUUUCAUAUUCAACCAGAUAAAAUUGUAUCAGUUGGACCCAGUUCAUAUGUUGCUAAGACUUGA